CGCCUCCCCUUCGCCGUCUGUCUGCUUCGUCUACCUACUCAACACUCAGUUCGCCACAACAGUCCCCCAGACCUGACAUCCGCAAAUUCUAAUCUCGCGGCCUACAAACCUCUCCCGACCUCUCAGUAACCCAAUUGCUUCUUUUUACCACCACAAUGGCCGUCGAGAUCACACCGUCCAAGCAGGCUGCAUCCGCAAUUGAGUCGCUGAAGAUGGAGUCACCUAUUAAGAAACUCAACUUUUCCACCACAAACAGGGAGAACAAGCCUUUUGAUAGCGACGUCGCAGCACUCGAGGCACAGAUGGACGCCAAGCACCUUGCCUCCAAGACGGGAGAAGUCCUCAAGCAGGAGGAGGCAAAGGUCAUUGUAGCUCCUACGACCAAGCCAGAGGAGAUCGACGAGCCUCUUCUGCAGGAGAACCCGCAGCGCUUUGUGCUGUUUCCCAUCAAGUAUCACGAGAUUUGGCAAAUGUACAAGAAGGCCGAGGCCUCCUUUUGGACCGCCGAAGAGAUCGAUCUGUCCAAGGAUAUGCACGAUUGGAACAACAAGAUCAACGAUGAUGAAAAGUUUUUCAUAUCUCACAUUCUCGCCUUCUUUGCCGCGUCAGAUGGCAUCGUCAACGAGAACCUCGUUGAGCGUUUUAGCGGCGAGGUCCAGAUCCCCGAGGCUCGCUGCUUCUACGGCUUCCAGAUCAUGAUGGAGAACAUCCACUCUGAGACAUACUCGCUCCUGAUCGACACAUACAUCAAGGAGCCAGCUCAGCGCACCCAUCUUUUCAACGCCAUUGAUACUAUUCCCGCCAUCCGCAAGAAGGCCGACUGGGCCCUUCGGUGGAUCACAGAUAAGGAGUCAACGUUCGCUCAGCGCCUCGUUGCAUUCGCCGCCGUCGAGGGUAUCUUCUUCAGCGGCGCCUUCGCGUCCAUCUUCUGGCUCAAGAAGCGUGGCCUCAUGCCCGGCCUGACCUUCUCCAACGAGCUCAUCUCUCGUGACGAGGGCCUGCACACGGAUUUCGCCUGCCUCCUCUUCUCUCAUCUCAACAACCGGCCGAGCAAGAAGGUCAUUGAAGAGGUCAUUGUUGACGCGGUCCGGAUUGAGCAAGAGUUCCUCACAGAGGCUCUCCCUUGCGCGCUUCUUGGCAUGAACUCGAACCUCAUGAAGCAGUACAUCGAGUUCGUGGCCGACCGCCUGCUUGUUGCCCUUGGUAAUGACAAAGUCUACCGCGUCUCCAACCCCUUCGACUUCAUGGAGAACAUCUCGCUGGGAGGCAAGACGAACUUCUUCGAGAAGCGGGUAGGCGAGUACCAGAAGGCGGGCGUCAUGGCCAGCACCAACAAGAAGCCCACGGCGGAGGAGGCCGAGGAGAACAAGGACGAGUUUGGCGGCGACUUUGCCUUUGACGAGGACUUUUGAAGUUCCUCGCCGCCACACCUUGUCUCUACCCUCCCCAUGCCUAUCACGACCUCUUAUACCCAACUGUGUACUCGUAUCACUGCCUUUUGUCACUCUUUUUUAUCUGUUUAGGGCAUACUUCUGGCAUAGAAGUCGGCGGCGGUCUGCAAGCUUCUCAUCUGGCUUAGCCUUUCGCGGCGUUGGAUUGGAUAUUCAUUGCCGUACAUUGUAAAUACUGCGCGGGCCAUGUUGAACAUUGGCGGAGUCUAGGCGUUUCGGAUUUUUGCAUUUUUCCAAGUCCUGUCCGUCGGGACUUAUGGUAGACCAUGUGCGGAGGACGAUGGGAAAACGAAUCAUUUGUUUGGCAUGUAUGAGUAGAUAGGGUAGUCAUAAUCACUAGG